GUCCAAAGUUGGCGUUAGCGCCCGAGACCCAGAAAAAACAGGGGCCAUCUUCACAGGUUCAACACAGGCACAUUCUGGUGUUUGUGCUGGAUUCUACUUUCUCUUGCAACUGCCAGCCUCAGGUAUGAGGGCCUGCUUACUUUUCCUUUGUUUACUGGCAGCCACACUUGCCCUGUCUGUUAAAAGUAAACAUCAUGGAAAACAUCAUGGAUUGCACAAGACGUCACACACAGCCAAAGAAAAGGAUGCUAUCACAGAGGAGGCCAACAAGCCACAGGUCUUACCCACUUUAGUGACAUUGGAGGCCAAGAGCCAGGAUCGGGAGGACGAGGAGUUGAGCUCCGAGGGCAACGCUAACGCUAACAAGGAGGAUGGAGAGAUUGAGGCGACUGAGAGGAGAGAUAAAAGCACUGCGCUCCUGUUGAGUGAGGAGGAGCUGGUGGACCUCCUGAAUAAAGAAGCUGCAGAGGAAGAAGUGGAGGAAAGAGAGCUGAAGGAAGAGGAAGUGGAGUCGGUCAAAGGCAAGGUGGAGUCUGGUGAGGCCGUGGAGGCCAGUGAGGAUAAGGAAGAGGAGAAGUUGGAAGACAACUUGGAAGUAGGGGAAGAUGACGGGAAGGUGAAGGAAGAGAAGUUGGAAGAAGAAGUGGUGGAGGAGGCGAAGAGGAUGCCUCACAAGGGUGAGAAGGAAGAGUCUGUUGGCAAAAUGGCUGACAGAGUUGAGCAGUUGUUGGAGGAAGCAGAAGGCAGCACGGAGCUGGACAUCCCAGUCGAUCUCGACUACGCUGCCGAUAGCAGCGUCUUACAACCUCUGCAGAUGAUAUCAGCUAAGAUGGAACCCCACACUGAUGACACCCAGCCUCCAUCAAAAACAGAUGUUCCAGAUGUCACUGAGAAAGAGGUCAUUGAGAAAGAGCUGCCCACCAUUGACGAGGACUAUGACCAAGACGUACAAAACACUGAGGCAGCGCACAGCGAGGAGGCGUCCGACGUGGACAAGCUGCGAGACGACAAAGAAGCUAAAUCUAAAGAGCCGAAAAGCAGCAGGGAGCUCGAGUCAGGGUCGAGUCCAGCAGCCGGAAAGGAGGAAGAGAGGAGCAAGAAUGACAGCGCGGGUCAUGGAAAGGGAAAGACGAGGAAGCAGAAGAAGAACCAAAGGGCGAGGAAGCACUCUCCUCAACGAGAGGAAGCACAGUCGGGACAAGAACUGAGCCAACAAGAACCUCAGGAGUCUGGGAGCAGCAGCACUGACAACACAGUGCACAAGGCGAAGAGGAGGAGGGCGGGAAAAUGGGGUCCGUUGGUAGGAAUGAAUCCAGUGCAGAUAAGAGCCACGGUGGAUCUCUACCCCAGCUCCAGGCCCUCUCUCACUGGAGGCGCACAUCACCCAGAAGCCCCUGCAGAUCCAUGUGACAAUUUCCGCUGCAAGCGCGGAAAGAUGUGUAAACUCGAUGCCGACAAUAAACCAGGCUGUGUGUGUCAAGAGGCGUCCCAGUGUCCUCCCAGUGUGAAUGAGUUCGAUCAUGUUUGUGGGACAGACAACAAAACAUACAUUACAUCGUGUGAGCUCUUUGCUUCUAAAUGUAACCUGGAGGGCACCAAGAGAGGGCACAAGCUUCACCUGGACUACACCGGACCAUGCAAAUUGAUUCCUCAAUGUGUGGACACUGAGCUGGUGCAGUUUCCUCUACGGAUGAGAGACUGGCUGAAAAAUGUGCUGCUGCAGCUCUAUGAGCACGACUCCAUGUCCCCUGGCUUCCUCACGCCGAAACAACGUUUCAGAGUGAAGAAAAUCUUUGAGAGCGAGAGGCGUCUUCAUGCUGGCGAUCACUCUGUUGAGCUCCUCGCUCAGGACUUUGAGAAGAACUACAACAUGUACAUUUACCCAGUGCACUGGCAGUUUGCUCAACUCGACCAGCACCCGUCUGACAGAGUGUUGUCCCACUCGGAGCUGGCACCGCUCAGGGUCCCUCUGGUGCCGAUGGAGCACUGCACCUCCCGCUUCUUCCAGGAGUGUGACGCUGACAAGGACAAGCAGGUGUCCUUUAAGGAGUGGACCUCCUGCUUUGGCAUCAAGAGCGAGGACAUGGAUGCCAACCUGCUUUUCUGAGCUUCGUCUUGAACGUCACCUGCUGCACGAGCCUGAGGAGGCUCCUCUGACGGAGCAGCCUGGGAGAGAGAGAGAGAGAGACGCCUCCGUGAACCACUCAGCUCCUUUUCUUCAUUAACUCAUUUUACCUCCCGCUAUAUAGAGGACAAAUGUUGGUGUGUGUUCAGCUCAGUGCUGUUAUUUUGUGUCAGGCUAAGGUUGUGUAGUUGUUCUGGGGUUUAGACUCAGCUGCCUUUUAGAGUAUAAGAGUCCUGUUUAACCCGUUUUGUUUUUAAAUCCAGAAACUGUUUUCUAAUGCAUUCCGAACAUGGGGAGAAGUUUACAACAGCUGACUGGUAGAGAAGGUCUCGUGCAGUUUAAAGUACAAAAGAACUUUGGUUUGUACGUUUGAGUGAUUAAGUGCAGAAUUACUCUUUAAUUCAAAGUCAAGUAGAAUCCCAUACCUUGGUGUUAUGCUAGUAAAUGUAAAUCAAUAACUGUGUUGCUUAAUUUAGUAGCAAAAUCUGUAAAUGUUUGUCUUUUUCACUGUAUCUCUGAUUAAAGCUUUACGGACAGCA